AUGUAUAGGUCAGAUACUAUUUUGGUGGAUUCUCCCCAAAAAAAUAUUAGAGAAGGUAAAAGAACAUGGGCAACAAAAACACACCCAUAUACUGCAAUUGUAGAAAUUGAAGAUGGCUGUAACGAUCUCUAUCUCCAAAUUGACUCUAGUAGUUCUGAUUCUUCCUGUGAAUCAGUGAAAAUUAACUCCAAUCAUAACACAGUUUCAACUCUAUCUCCUAGCCCUCUACCACUAAAAGGGAAAAAUGAAAAUGCCAGACCGACUUGCCAUUCAACCAAUCCUAAAGCAUCAAUUUUGUCAAUCAAAUCGCCAAUGUUACUCCAUUCUGUAGAAAAAAAUCGAUCAAAUAUAGAACAUGACCAGUAUAUGAUAAAUAAUAAAUCAUCACUCAAAAACGAAUUAAACUCAUCAGUCACCAAAAGGCUCCCAAAUUUACAAAUUCUUUGUAAUAGAUAUAUCAAGUGUGACGGAGCAAAACGACUUGAAAUUGCUGCGCAAUUUCUGGUAUCUUUGGUUGAGUAUUCUGGAUUUCCAAAAAUACAACCUGACACUUCGGUGUUUAAAAGGUUAAAAUCACAAUUGAUGAUCAAGCCGGAAACUCAAUAUUACCAAUUAUCUGACCGCGCGCUUUAUAUACGUACAGGUGCAUCUGUAUCUAGAGUGUUACGGAAUUUUCUUAAAAAGAACCCAAGUUUGACUUUAUCCCCUGAAUCACAGCUUCCAAAGAUAACAGUGCUUCCAAACAAUCUACUGGAUAUAACAAUUUGCCUGUUGUGCGUUGGGUUUAGGCAGAUAAGACGAUAUGUAUCAGCCCUAUUAGGUAACAUUGUGAAAUUUAUGGUUAAAAAUCCUAAAUUUGAAGAUACGGGUAAACAUUUACUACAUAUAUUAGUGGAUAUGAGAAGUCAAGACGUUAUGUCUGAUACCAGAAUCAGCGGCUAUCAAUUAUUGGCUAAGCACAUCACUAGGAUUCAGUGCAACCUAACAGAAUUGCUAAGUCGGGGUCUAAGAGAUUCAAGCAUUAAAGUAAGGAGGUUAGUUAUGGCUGCUACGAUUGAUGUGAUAAAGUCUGGUAAUAAAAAUGACCUCGAUAUAACAAAUCUACUAGAUAUAACGUUGCAGCGGUUUUGCGACUCUACCAGUGUGAAGGAUAGGUCAGACAUUGCAAAAUUUUGGUUAUUGGUAGUGGAAAAUGGUGCAACAGAUUGUUACAAUUUUGAACAAGUUGUUCUACUAGCAAAAAGUUCUGAUAAUUGUACAUCCGCGUUUAACAACUUCCUAAGGGGGUACCUAAGGAGAACUAUUUGCACUAUGACAACAGGAGAUUCAUUAUCUGUGAUCAAUAGCUUUCAAAGCCCUUCAAAAUUGUCCACAAGCCGCAUUUUUAGUGUCGAAGGCCUUCAGUCAAUUCUCACAUAUAUUUUUAGCAUAACACAUAAUGAUAAUCUGUUUAAAGGUGUGAUUGAACUGGGCAUUUUUACUUCAAAUCUCAUAAAUGCUACUUGGCAAUCAUUUCCUUUCCUUCUGGACCUUCCAGUCAUCAUAGAUAUGUUUGGACAAUUAGAUAAUUUGACCAAUCCACAAGGGGUGGAUAGGGAUAAAUUUUCUAUUGUCAUGUUUUCCAUACUAAAACAAUCACUCAAAUGUCUAAUUAACUCCAAUGACAGUUUUAUAUCACUCAAGAACGAUGCCAUUGUAUCAUUCCUUACUUCAUUCACAUCAUUAUCCACCAAAGCAGAAUCUGAUGUUUGCUAUACAUUGUUAUUGGAAUCACUCUCUCGAGUAUCUGACUUCAUUUACUCAAUAAAUUAUUCCAUAGAUGAAUACUUGGAACAAAUUUCUACUGUAAUAUACACUAGAUUGUGCGCCAUUGAAUAUAACUCAUGUAUUUUGAUACACUCUUUGAGGUAUCUACAAAAGUUUGCAACUAUUAGUGAUGUGGAAGAGAAUCUCAUGAAAUUUGUUGGAAUGCACAGACAAAAGUGCUGCAAAAAAUCCGUUUUCGUCAUAGCACACGUUGCACACAUUCUAAGCUGGAAAUACGUUAAAGACAUUUUAUAUGAUACCUGCAAAAUGAACAAUGAUGAAUGUUCAAGUUCAAAUUUGGCCAUGUUAUACGCUAUAUUUGAAUCGGGUGUUUAUGCAAAGGUUAAAAAUGAACUGGACAAUUUGGAAGAUAUACAACAAUUAAGUAUGUUGCGAAGGAAAAUAUACAAAAUUUCAUUUCAACUCUUGCACCUUGAAACCCCAGUCCAUUUAAAUGAAGAUCACAUAAUUGACAAUGGAGGUAAUGAUGGCGAAAAUGAUAUAUUGGUUAGCAAUUUUUCAAUACUUGUUACCUCUGUUAUAUUGUUGACAUUGCAAUUGGAGAAUUUGAUAACUAGUAACGGUAUAACACAGUACAUACUAAAUGACCAAGAAGAGGCUAUGUUAUCUAAAUUGUUUUUUACGGUUUUUAAGCAGAAAACGCCCGUACUAAAUGUGCAAAAAUCGAUAUUUACAUCUCUUGUGACUCACCAAUUGCCAUCAGACAACGUGGAAAGGAUGCAAUACUGGAAAAAUGAAUAUGUAGUAGAGAACAUGGAAUCGUGUGCUUCAGUACUAGCUAAACUUUUUUCAAUGACUCUAAAUACUAGCCUUUAUAGCUCCAGUUUGGGAGCGUUACUGCUUUGCCAAUUAUGCAGCAAAAAUAAACAACUAGCGUGUUGCGCCAGGGAAUUUUGUAUGCUACUUAUGAAAAUAAACAGAACUUUGUUGUAUGACCUAUUGUUAUGCGUUAUCACCUACAAAUCAGAUUGUACUAAACGAAUAUGUUAUGAAUCGCAUGAUUGUAAAAUACACAAUAAUGUUAGCGACACUAGUGAUGAUUGCACGAGUGAGAUAACUGAAAAACAACUAAUAUUCAUAAAGUUAUGCUCUGUGUUUGUGGAGAUAACUGAAUCUGCAAGCAUGCCAAAGGAUAUUAAAAGAUUUAUUUUGAAUGCAGUAAAUUAUGUGUUGGCUGAAAACCCUAAAAAUUCACAGUUUAUAUUUCACAUUAUAAAAAUUUUUAUGAAACCUGCAUUUGUUGCCAGCCCCGAAUGGAACGAUUUGAAAUGUUCAUUACAAAAGUCGUUCCCACAAAUACCGUGUGCAGAUAUGAUCACUUUACUAACACGAUGA